AUGAGCGCUGUGCUGCUGGCCGCCCUGCUGGCUGUGGUCUUGGCGCCCAGCGCCCGGGCCGUGUGGCUGGGGAGGCUGGACCCUCAGCAGCUCAUGGGGUCCUGGUAUGUCCUCGCCGUGGCCUCGGGGGAGAAGGACUUCGCGCUGGAGAAGGCCACAAAGAGCAUCGAGGGGGUCGAGGUGAUGCUGACGUCCCAGAACACCCUGAAGAUGCGGGCUUCCCGGCAUAGGAUGGAGAGAUGCCACCUGCAGGCUGUGGAGCUGCAGAGACAAAAUUCCGGAUGGGUCUUCGGGAAUCCCUCCCUGGGAGUGCUGGAGUACCGGGUGCUGGGCACCAACUUCAGGGACUACGCCAUAGUGUUCACGCAGCUGGAGGCCCAGGAGGAGGCCUUCAGCACGGUGGAGCUGUACAGCCGGACAGCCCUAGCCAGUCAGGAGGCUCUGGGCCGCUUUGCCAAGUGGAGCCGGAGCCUGGGCUUCCUGUCGCAGCAGCAGGCCGAGCUCCAGAGGGAUUGUGAGUGUUGCCGGACGCCGGGGGGCCGCUUGCCAGCUCGGGGACCUUCCUGGCCUUGGGGAGUCAGGCAGAGCUCAGGGGGGCUUCAAGGGGUCACCUGCUCCCUGCCCAGCGUCAGACCUGCGGGGUGGGCGGGGCAGGCGGUGUGCGGGGCCCCGGGUGCUGGUGGGCGAGGGGCCGGCCGUCCUCACCGUGGCCCCUUUCCUCCCCAGUCACCUGCGCACACAAGGUCUUCCCGGUAAGUGGCCCCCCGAGCACCCCUCCCCUCCGUGUGGUAGGAGAGGCCUGGGGGCCCCCGGCCCCUCUCGUCCGGAGGCUCCCCGAGGGCAGGGAUGGGGGCCCCGGGGAGCCGAUGCCUCUGCGGCCGAG